GUUCAGCAGUGACUCUCCAGCUGCUGAGCGGAGGGGAGCGCACAGCACGGCACAGCACAGCACAACACAGCACAGCAGACACAGACACAGACCUUCCUCCACCGGCCUCUCGUCUGUUUGACCUUUAAUGUGAAGGAGAAACUUCAGGCGGAGGACUCAGAAACAUGGAGGCUCAGCGCUGCUCCUUUUCUUUACGGGGAGCUCUAUCUGUCCUUUUCUUGACGGUGCUGCUGGAGCGCGGGGCUGCCGGUAUGCCCCCUUUUUACCACAUGAAACAGCUUUGUAAGUUCUGUGAUGUGGAGCUUUCCUCCUGUAGUGGUACAGGGACCUGCAUGUCCAACUGCACCAUCACAUCCAUCUGUGUGGACUCCAGCGAGGUCUGUGUCGCUAUCUGGAGGAAGAAUGAGACGGGCUUCUCCAUAGAAACUCUCUGUCACAACCCGUCCAAUCCACUGUACGGCGUUAUGCUGGACGACUACAACAGCUCCACCUGUGUGAUGAAGGAGAAGAACACAACGAGUGGGAUGGCUCACUUCUGUUCCUGCACUGACGAGGAAGAGUGCAACGAUGCACUGUUUUUCUCACCCAUUGUGGAUCCGACUCCGGACGAUCCGUUGGUAUCUGUGAUUCUGGUGAGCCUGCUUCCCCUGCUGGUGAUGGGGAUUGUGGUAGUGGGAAUGUUCUACUGGUACCGAGCCUAUCGGCAACGCAUGCUCAACCAGGAAUGGGAGAGCAGCAUUAAGAAGCGCAAGCCAAAAGCCGGUGGGCUGGACUGCAGCGAUGCGUGCGCCAUCAUGAUGGACGACGAUAGGUCAGACAGCAGCUCGACGCACGCCAACAGCCUGAACCACAACACUGAGCCGCUGCCUAUAGAGCUGGAUCUGCUGGUUGGAAAGGGUCGCUUCGCCCAGGUGUACAAGGCUAAGCUGAAGCAGACCACCUCCGAUCAGUUUGAAACAGUGGCUGUGAAGAUCUUCCCCGAUGAAGAGUACGCCUCCUGGAAGAAUGAGAAGGACAUCUUCUCCAAUACAGAUCUCCGACACGAGAACAUCCUCCACUUCCUGACAGCCGAGGAGAGGAAGGUGGAGAAGCAGUACUGGCUCAUCACUGCCUUCCACUCAAGAGGAAACCUACAGGAGCACCUGACGCGUAAUGUGAUCAGCUGGGAGGAGCUGCAGGUGCUGGGAAGUUCUCUGGCCCGGGGCGUCGCCCACCUCCACAGUGACCGCCUCCCCUGUGGACGCCCUAAGGUGGCCAUAGUCCACCGAGACCUGAAGAGCUCCAACAUCCUGGUGAAGAACGACCUGACAUGCUGCCUGUGUGACUUUGGGCUGGGACUCCGUCUGGACAGCAGCCUGUCUGUGGAUGACCUUGCCAACAGUGGACAGGUGGGCACGGCGCGCUACAUGGCUCCGGAGGUCCUGGAGGCCCGACUGAAUCUGGAGAACAUCGAGUCCUUCAAACAGACCGACAUUUACUCCAUGGCCCUGGUGCUUUGGGAGAUGACGUCGAGAUGUGAAGCUAUUGGAGAGGUGAAGGACUAUGAGCCUGCAUAUGGCUCUAAAGUACGAGAGCACCCCUGUGUGGAGAGUAUGAAGGACAACGUACUGCGAGACAGAGGAAGACCCGAGAUCCUCGACACCUGGCUCCGGCAUCAGGGCGUGGCAGUGAUCUGCGCCACCAUCAUGGAAUGCUGGGACCACGACCCAGAGGCCCGACUCACCGCCCACUGCGUCGCCGAACGCAUCUCCGAGCUGGAGGACGAGAUGGACAAACUGUCCAGCCGCAGCUCCUCAGCAGAGAAGAUCCCCGAGGAGCUGAAGAUCCCCACAGAGGUGGAGAUCCCGGAGGAGAUGGUGAAAAUCACAGAGAUACAGGACAUCAUAGCUGUGGACUGCUCCGUGAGCGACGAGAAGUGAGAGGAAGCUCUGCAUUUUCAAGGACUCAGAGGGAGACUUUUCAACAGCGGCACUUAUUCUGCUUGGAUGGGACUGAGGAGAGAAAUCUCAACACCGAUGUUCAGGAGCUGAGCUCCUGCUUCCCAGGACUUUGAGCCGAGUCACAGUGUCAUAUCUUAUUCUAGCCCAGCAACGAGGAACUCUGGGUGAUGCUUUUGGACUUCACCACUUCUACAAUGUAACAACUUGCCUUAAUCAGCUGAAAAGCAGAAAGCCAAAGUUAACUGGAAGCUUCCAAAGAUGUGCUGAGACAGUAUUUUGUUAAGAGUCAGACAGGCUUCUCUCUCUUUAUGACAUAUAACAGGGCAAUAAGUGUUAAACCAAAGACAUUUGAUGUGCACUUUACCACAUAAUACUUUUGCAUUACAGAUGUUUGUCAUUUUCAUACGUAACAUGUCAGAGUUAAGGGGAGUUUUUGCCUAAAAGUGCCUUUGUGUCCGACUUUGAGCCAGCAGAGAUGUCGCCUUAACACUAAUGAUGCUGUGGACUCCAUCCUCAACAGCAGGAAUCCAGAGGAAUGUGUGUGUGUGUGCGUGCGUGUGUACUUGUGUGUGGACAUUCGUGUGUGUAUCCAUGUUGUUUUUACCCAGCUAUUCUUAAACCUUGUUUGCCAGAUAAACAAGCACAAUGUAUAUAGAGACAAUAACUGUACAUAAGAGACAAAUAAGCCAAAAAGGGAAAGUAAUCCUACUACUUAUCUUUGAAUGCAGAGAUGUAUUUUUAAACCAUUUUGUAUGUUUUCUGUCUGUAUCAACAGGAAACUGAAGAGAGUGCCAAAGAUCUUUUACCCGGCCUUACAUACAUUAUGUGUUAUAUGUAAAAUAUUGUAAAUCUUUUAUGAAUUAAAGAUAUUUCUGUAUACUGA